AUGUCUACAAUCGCUGCAUCAACUGCUGCGGCAGCUGGGCUGUUGUACUAUGCAAACCACUCGCUAGGAAUUACAAAAGACAUCUCCCAAUAUCGACUAGACGCUUCGUUCGGAGCAAGGUACCCUCAAUUUCUAGCGAAACUAGGUCCUCAGUCGCCUCACCUUUAUCGGAUGCUAGAAUUGGCAGACCCGAAUGCAGAUGCCAUUUGGUUCGAAGGGCGAACGUGGAACUAUCGGGCCAUGAAACAAAAAGUCGAUGAAUUGGCCUUGGGUUUUCACGAACUGGGUGUUAAGAAUGGCGACAUUGUUGCGGUUUUCAUGGCCAAUUCUCCGGAGAUGGUUUUCACAGUGUACGCAUUGACGAAAUUGGGCGCAGCACCUGCGUUGAUCAAUAAUGCCCUUCGCGACGAAACAUUGCUUCACUGUGUUCGACUUCCUUCGGCGAAUCUCAUCGUCGCAACUCCAGAUAUUGUUUUAUAUGCAGCUUCGGCGGCGGCUUCUUUGAACGGUAGCAUAAAGACAGUUCGAUUGAAUCUCGGCUCUUUCCUCCCAACUCCAUUACCGAGCGACGAUAUUUCGGAAUUUCCCUUCCUGGACCCUGCUGGGAUUGCUUCACUUCCACCCACACCACCAAAAUCAGUCGCCUCGGUAGGAGCUUUGAUCUACACUUCGGGGACUACAGGAAAACCAAAGGCAUGCAGCAUCAAGAAUGCCCUAAUUACAGUGGUCGCUUGCACCACCUCCGUUGAUCACAAAAACCCCAAGAAAUACCUCAAAGGACUGCGAACUUACUCCUGCAUGCCUUUGUUUCAUGGUACAACAUUUUUCACUGGCUUAUGCUAUUCAGUCGGUCAAAGUACUUGCUACGCAAUCGGACGAAAGUUCUCGGCGAGAGGGUUUUGGAAAGAGGCAUAUGAGUCAAGAUCUACUCGAAUUCUCUACGUGGGUGAAUUGAUGCGGUUUCUGCUCGCCACAGCCCCUGGACCGUAUGAUCGAAAGCACAACGUCCUGGUCGCCGCAGGAAAUGGUUUGCAGAAAGAUGUCUGGGUGGACUUUCAGAAACGAUUCAAUGUGCCUGAAGUGCGAGAAUUUUACCGCUCGACUGAAGGCUUGGUCAAAUUCGACAAUGUCCACCGACGGGGUCGACCGGGUGCCGGGAAAGUGGGCUAUCUUGGUGUGCUCAGAAAGAAGGUAUUGGAAAAGGAUCAAUGGAUUGUCAAGUUUGAUUAUGAUACCGAACAGCCAAUUCGAGACCCACAAACAGGAUGGGCUCAAAUUGCGGAUAGGGGCGAGCCUGGAGAGGCCAUCGCCAGGAUCAAGAACAUGGACACAUAUAUCAAUUAUCAUGGAAACCCGGAAGCUACCGAGCAGAAAUUGCUGAGAAAUGUUUUCGAGAAGGGCGAUGUUUUCCAACGCAGCGGAGAUCUUCUCGUUCAAGAAAAAGACAACUGGGUCAAAUUUGUGGACCGCAUAGGUGAUACAUACCGAUGGAUGGGUGAAAACGUGUCUGCUGGUGAAGUCAGAGGCUUCAUCUCUGAACUACCGGGGGUGAAGGACGCAGUCGUUGUUGGUCGACGACUCAACAAAUACGACGGCCAAGCUGGUACCGCACUAGUCGUUCUUGAUAUCGACUCGGAGAAGCAAGGUGCUGGACAAAGCGAGACGGUGUUCAUGACUCGCUUGUUCAAGGAACUGAGAUCCAAGGGUGUCCCACGUUAUGCAGUGCCUCGACUGAUAUUGGUGAGGGGUGAUCUGGUCGAUGUUGGUGAUACCUUCAAACAUGCGAAGGCUGUGGUGAAGAACAUCGCAUGGGGCGUUCCGGACCAGUCGGGCGCCACGAGGCAAUACUACCUGGACCUUGAGAGUGAGACAUUCAAACCUCUGGAUCUGGACAGCUGGACAAGGAUUGAAAGUGGAAAGGCGAAGUUAUAG